AUGGAAAAGCUAUGUGAUUCUGCUGUUACCCUAAGUGAUCCUGCACUCGUCUCCUCUGAUCCUGCACUGAACUCACAUGGUCCUGGUCCUGCACUCGACUCCCGUCAUCCUGGUCCUUCACUCGACUCACUUAAUCCUGAUCCUGCACUCGUCUCCUGUGAUCCUGCACUUGACUCGCAUGAUCCUGCACUCGUCUCCUGUGAUCCUGCACUUGACUCACAUGGUCCUGAUCCUGCACUCGUCUCCUCUGAUCCUGCACUGAACUCACAUGGUCCUGAUCCUGCACUCGUCUCCUGUGAUCCUGGUCCUGCACUCGACUCACAUGAUCCUGAUCUCGCACGCGUCUCCUGUGAUCCUGCACUUGUGUCGCCUGAUCCUAAUUCUGCACUCAUUAGUACUAUAUCGGUAUGUGAUUCUGCUGUUACCCUAAGUGAUCCUGCACGCAUCUCCUGUGGUCCUCCACUCGACUCCCGUCAUCCUGGUCCUGCACUCAACUCACUUAAUCCUGGUCCUGCACUCGACUCCCGUCAUCCUGGUCCUGCACUCGACUCCCGUCAUCCUGGUCCUGCACUCGAUUCCUGUCAUCCUGGUCCUGCACUCAACUCACUUAAUCCUGGUCCUGCACUCAACUCACUUAAUCCUGAUCCUGCACUCGUCUCCUCUGAUCCUGUACUCGACUCACAUGGUCCUGCACUCGUCUCCUGUGAUCCUGCACUGAACUCACAUGGUCCUGAUCCUGCACGCGUCUCCUGUGAUCCUGGUCCUGCACUCGACUCACAUGAUCCUGAUCUCGCACGCGUCUCCUGUGAUCCUGCACUUGUGUCGCCUGAUCCUGAUUCUGCACUCAUUAGUACUAUAUCGGUCUGUGAAGAACCUCCCCUCUCAUUCAUACCACCAGUCCACCAAACCUCUACAAACACUUCCUGUGCAAAUGGGCAGGUAUGGCAAACUGCUACUGUCGAGGAUACAAGAAAACAGCAUGAGUUGCUACUUCUUGCUUUAAAACUCAAGCAUGGACUGACUGAUGAAGCUUUAGAAGACACACUUAAAGUUGUUAACGUUAUAAGUCAGAGGCAUGCUGUGUCAUCUACCAAACAUCACUUUUACAAAACUUUUGAUGACUUGAAAAGAAAUAUUCAGUUUCACUACAUAUGUGAGGGAUGCACAAUUUCUGUAAACAUUGAGGGAGAAAAAGUGGUUUGUCCUAACUGUCAAUAUUCUUGUAGUGUAGCCGAUCACAUGAAACAGGGGCACUUCUUUAUUGUUUUUCCACUAGAAUCACAAUUAAGGAAUAUGAUGGAACAAGAGGAACUCUUCAGCCAGUUGACUAGGCCUAACAGUGGUGCUCACUCUAGCCCACUGACAGAUAUCACCGAUGGUGAGCUUUACAAGAGGGUUAACGGAAAUAUUGAAGGCCAAUCUGAGCAUCACGUCAAUCUCACACUAACCUUUAGCUGUGACGGGGUACCUGUGUUUAAGAAAUCUUCUUACAGUAUUUGGCCACUUCUCUAUACAGUCAAUGAAUUACCACCUGAUUUGAGAGCAAAACAAGUCAUGUUGUCAGCCUUAUGGUUUGGUUCAUCAAAACCAAACUGUAACACAUACUUAUCACCAUUUGUGAAAGAAUGCAAUCAAUUGCUUACUCAUGGGUUUGAGUGGAUCAGUGCAAAUGGUAUUCGUGGCCGGUCCAAAGUAUUUCCCUUGGUGGCAGUAUGUGAUUCUGUUGCAAGACCGAUGAUUCAAAAUUUUAAGCAAUUCAAUGGAGAAUUUGGAUGUUCAUACUGUUUACAAAAAGGUACAGUGGUUGAGAAGGGUCAAGGUCAUGCACGGGUCUAUCCUUUUAAGUCUAAUACUGAAAGCAGAAAUCAUGGUAGCAGCCUAGAUUUCGCUCGAGAGGCUAUAGAAAAUCACACUACUGUGAAAGGAGUGAAAGGACCGUCUAUUUUGUCCUUGAUCCCAUCAGUUGACCUGAUACAAGGUUGCGUACCUGACUACAUGCACGCCUGUCUUCUUGGUGUUGCAAGAUCUAUGACUUAUAUGUGGGUUAGAAGUGACUCAUGAAAACCCAUGGUAUGUAGGAAGGUGUAUCCAAGAGAUGGAUCAAAAACUUCACCUUAUCCAACCACCCUCCUGUGUUUCCAGAGUGCCUAGAUCACUGCAAGAGAGAAACUAUUGGAAGGCGCAUGAGUGGUACAUGUGGCUUUUCUACUAUAGCAUCCCAGUGCUUAAAGGGAUCUUACCAGAGCGCUAUCUAAUACACUGGACACGGUUUGUGAAGGCUUUGGCAUUGCUCUUAACUGAAAGUGUCACCUUGCAACAAAUUCAGGAAGCAGAUAUCAUGCUUAGGAGAUUUGUGAUGGAAAUGGGGAAUCUCUAUGGUAUACAAAACGUGUCCUAUAAUGUCCAUCUCUCUCUUCACCUUGCACAAAGUGUGCGAAACUGGGGUCCUUUAUGGGCUCAUUCAGCUUUCACAUUUGAGUCAUAUAAUCACAGCCUGCUCAAAAUGAUCAAGAGCACACAAAGGGUCCCUUUGCAGAUUGCCAAAACAUUUCAGUUACAGAAGGGUCUGCCCUUAUAUGCCAAGAAAACACUUUCAAAUGUAUCCUCUGAAUGCAUUUCGGCCUUUGAAGACUUAGUCAGUCCUACACACACCCAGAGUGCAAUAAGGUGUAAAGAGGUCAUUGCACUUGGAGGCAGACAUGAGAAAGUAAGACUUGAGCAAGAUGACUACCUUGCCCUCCACAAUGUAGCUAAUCACAUUGAGAGAGAACUUCUUGUCAGUUACCGUGACAGGGCAGUAAUUAAUGGUGAAGUUGCGCACUCUAAAAGACAUUCGAGAGAGAGGAAGAGAAACUUGCAUGUUGUAGUCCUCACAGAUAACAGUAUUUUCAGUGUUAAUACGUUUGUUGUUGCAGACUUAGGAAGUGGGGAACGCUGCUAUGCCAUAGGACAUUAUUUUGAAACAAAGCGGCACAGUUUUUUUGCUUCAUUGUCGAACCCACACCACUUUGUUGCUGUUGGCAAAAAGUUGGGACAUCUGACAGCUGUUCCAGCUGCAGUUAUUCAGAGAAAGUGUCUCUUUAUGAAUCUUCCAAACCUGAAUGUUAAUUAUGUUUUUAUGUUUUUGAAUCGUAAUGAGUUGACGAAUUGAUUAUAAACAAAACAAAGGGGUCAUAGAAUGGAAAACACCCAUUUACCCAUGCAGACCAAAUAGUGAAAACACAUCUUUUAGAGUUUUCGCUUGUCAGUGAAAUGCCAAUUGAUAGUUAAAAAGAAUAUUGUCUAACUCUGAAUACCUUGACAUGAAAUGUCAAUAGGUUAAAAAAGAAUGAACUUAUGUAUCUAGUGGAGUCCUAAAUAGUAAGAAUACUGCCUGCACAUGUCUGAAUGUGGAAUGUCACUUAAUAGUUAAGAAUAUUGUCUGUACUUCAAAAUGUCAUGUAAUGAAAUGCCAGUUAAUAGAAAUGUUGUAUGUACUUGUCUGAAUAGUUUAAAAAGAUGAUACUUAAUGUACGUAUGUAUGUAAUGUAAUACCUCAA